AUGAAUAUCAAGGAUAGAACUACUGAGUUCCAACAGAGUGUUCUUUCGUACAAGAAGCAAUACAAAAUUGCUAACCAACAAAUAGAAACGACCAAUAAUGAAUCUAAUAGAAAAGAUGCGUCAGAAUUUCAGAAAAGAGCAUCUGGGAUUGCCCAUGAGAUAUCUGGCACAGCUCAAUUAUUGUCAAAGUUGGCUAUCUUAGCUAAAAGGAAACCUAUGUUUAAUGACAAUCCUGUUGAAAUUGCCGAAUUAUCAUUUCUAAUUAAAAGGAAAAUAUAUGCUAUCGAACAGAAUCUUGUUGAUCUAAGUAAGCAUCAAAGAUCUAAUGGGAGUCAAAAUGCAAAUAAUAAUGUAGAUGGUAGAAAUGGUAAUGUUCAACAUUCUAAGAACGUUAUGAAUUUGUUAAAUACAAAGAUGAAGAAUAUAUCAGGGGAUUUUAAGGAUGUAUUGGAGGCAAGACAGAGAUUAGAGAUCGCUAAUAAAGAUAGAUGGGAGAAAAUAUCAUCAGAGGCAAAUAGCGACUCUCAUAUGGGUAAUAAUAGUGGUAAUAAUGUUAACAGUCAAGCAAAUAAUGUCGCAAUGUAUAAUAGCUCAAAUCCAUUCUUAUCGACGUUGAUGGAUGAAGACUCGGCUAAAGACAGUAAAGAUAGUGGGAAGCUAAUGACUCUUCCACAUGAUUCGCAAUCAUUGUUAUUACAAAUGGAGGAAGGUACAAUGGAUAACAACGUAUAUUUACAAGAAAGAGAUAGGGCAAUGGAAACUAUUGAAUCCACAAUUCAAGAAGUUGGUGGACUUUUCCAACAAUUAGCCUCGAUGGUGCAAGAACAAGGUGAAGUAAUCCAAAGAAUUGAUGAUAAUGUCAAUGAAAUCGAUAUAAAUAUUACAGGUGCACAAAGAGAAUUAUUGAAAUAUUUUGAUAGAAUUAAAAGUAAUAGAUGGUUGAGUGUUAAAAUAUUUUUCAUCAUAUUUGUAUUUUUCUUAAUAUGGGUAUUAGUCAAUUGA